UGCUGUGCUGUGCUGUGCUGUGCAGUGCAGUGCUGUGCAGUGCUGUGCUGUGCAGUGCUGUGCAGUGCUGUGCAGUGCUGUGCUGUGCUGUGCAGUGCUGUGCAGUGCUGUGCAGUGCUGUGCUGUGCUGUGCUGUGCUGUGCUGUGCUGUGCAGUGCAGUGCUGUGCAGUGCUGUGCUGUGCAGUGCUGUGCUGUGCUGUGCAGUGCUGUGCUGUGCUGUGCUGUGCUGUGCUGUGCAGUGCAGUGCUGUGCAGUGCUGUGCAGUGCUGUGCUGUGCAGUGCUGUGCUGUGCAGUGCUGUGCAGUGCUGUGCAGUGCUGUGCUGUGCUGUGCUGUGCAGUGCAGUGCUGUGCAGUGCUGUGCUGUGCUGUGCAGUGCAGUGCUGUGCAGUGCUGUGCUGUGCAGUGCUGUGCUGUGCUGUGCUGUGCUGUGCUGCUCUUUCUGUUGCUGUGUGCUGUGCUUCCAGCGUGGCCUUGCUUUGCCCCAUGCCAUGUUGCAUUCCACCAUGCAGCCUUGCACCGCACCAUGUUGGUCGUUGCAACUCUGCGCCAUGCCACAUUGCACUGCUCCAUGCAACUCUGCAUGCCAUGCUGCAUUGCGCCGUGCUACGCUGCACCACAGAACCCUGCACCACGCCAUGCUGCAUUGCACCGUAGCAACUCCACACCACACUGCACUGCUUCAUGCAACCCUGCACCGUGAGAUGUUGCAUUGCACCAUGCAACCUUUGCACCUCGCCAUGAUGCAUUGCACUGUGCUACUUCGCACUAUUGAACCCUGCACCACGCCAUGUUGCAUUGCACCAUGCAACCUUUCAUCAUGCAACCUUGCACCACGUCAUGUUGCACUGCACCAUGCAGCCUUGCACACGCAGCCCUGCACCACGCCAUGUUGCACUGCACCAUGCAACUCUGCUCCAUGCUACUGCAUCAUGCAACCUUGUGCCACACCACGUUGCAUUGCACUGUGCAACUCUGCAUGCCAUGAUGCAUUGCACUGUGCCACACUGCACCAUGCAACCAUGCACCAUACCAUGUUGCACUGCACCACGCAACCCUGCACCAUGCCACUCUGCACCGUGCAACCUUGCAUCAUGCAAACUUGCACCAUGCCACGUCGCAUUGCACCAUGCAACUCUGCACGCCAUGCUGCACUAUGCCAUGCUGCACUGCACCACGCAGGCAUACACCACGCCAUGUUGCAUUGCACCAUGCAAUGUUGCAUCAUGCAACCCUGCACCAUGCCACAUUGCACUGCACCAAGCAACUCUGCACGCCAUGUUGCAUUGCAUCAUGCUGCACUGCACCACGCAGCCCUGCACCACGCCAUGUUGCACUGCACCACGCAGCCCUGCACCACGCCAUGCAGCCUUGCCCCGUGCCAUGCUGCACUGCUGCACGCUGCCCUCAUGCCGUGUCCCCGCAGCUCGGAGCAUGAUGUCCUACAUCAAGCAGCCCCACUACGCCGUCAAUGGGCUGACGCUGGCUGGGCCUGGCAUGGAUUUGCUGCAUUCUGCUGUGGGGUACCCUGCCACCCCCCGGAAGCAGCGCCGUGAGCGAACCACCUUCACACGGGCACAGCUGGACAUCCUGGAGGCGCUGUUUGCCAAAACGAGGUACCCCGACAUCUUCAUGAGGGAGGAGGUGGCCCUGAAGAUCAACCUGCCGGAGUCCCGCGUGCAGGUGGGUGCAAAGUUCAAGAACCGCCGCGCCAAGUGCCGCCAGCAGCAGCAGCAGAGCAGCGGGCAGCCCAAGGCUCGGCCGGCCAAGAAGAAGCCGUCCCCGCCCCCGGGAACCAAAGCGACGCCGGGGGCGCCGGGCCGUACAGCCCCCUCGCAGCCCGGCCCCGCGGGGACCCCCGGCCCCGCCGCCCCGGUGUCCAUUUGGAGCCCGGCUUCCAUCUCCCCGGUGCCGGACCCGUUGGCCGCCGGCAGCGCCCCCGGUUUGCCGCGUUCCGCUCCGUUCUCCGCCGCUCCCUACAACCAAACGGCGCCCUACGGGCAGAGCUACGGGGGCUCGGCCGCCUAUUUCGGGGGCCUGGACUGCGGGCCGUACCUCUCCCCCAUGCAUCCUCCGCUGGGGGCUCCCGGAGCGGCUCUCAGCCCCCUGGGGGCACCCAUGGGCGCUCACCUGGCGCCCUCCCCCGCCGCUCUGUCCGGGCAGAGCUUUGGGGCAGGCCUGGGCUUCGGAGCGGUGGAUUGCUUGGAGUACAAAGAGCAGGCGGGGAGCUGGAAGCUCAACUUCAACCCGGCCGAUUGCCUGGACUACAAGGAGCAGAGCUCCUGGAAGUUCCAGGUGUUGUGA